AUGACCAAGGCGAACACGACGCCCGAGGAAGCUGCUAGGCACGAGGCCAGGGUGCUCCGCAGGAGGGAGAAGUGCCAGGAGCGGGAAGCCGAGGCGAAGGCAGGCAGUUCGGAAGGACCACCCGUGGAGCCGGAAGAGCAGCGAGAUGGGGCCACCGUGGCGAUGAGUGGGCCGACCGCCCAUGUCCUGGGCGACGGCGAGGACAACGCGGCGGCCCAGUGCGACUGGGGCCUCGAGGGGGUUCUGAAGUUGCUGGGGUUUCCAGGGCCGAAGGGCGACCAGCCGGCGGGAGCGCGGGUCGAUCUGAGCGAAGGAGUCCUGGAGGCCUUCACUGAGGGCCACGCGGACUCUGACGAUAGCGUCGAGGCUCGAGUACCUAUCGGGCAGCAGGAGCACGGCGGGUAUGCCAAGGGCAAGGCCAGGCUGGAGAGCGGCAGGAAGACGGAGCAAAUGGUGGUGCUGAUCAUGUUCACCGAUGCCGUGUCCGACAAGACCGACGAGCUGGCCGACGAGCUGGCUGACGGCCUGGCCGAGGACCUCGCCUCGUUGGGCCUGCUGCGGCGGACGGCGGACGCGCGCGAGGCAGAGAACGGCCAGGAGACUGACGGUGAGCCGUGA